UUAUGAGAGGACAGCCUCGCAUUUGUUUUCACGAGUGGAAGUGUUGCUAGGUUAGAACUGAAUAGUGAAGUGCUCAUUACAUUCAUAAUAUCUAAAUAUUUAAAUUAACAUACUGGGCGAUAGCUGUCUCACCAUGCCAUGGAUUCUUCUGACUACAGGGAAGCCAUAACCUUCAACUACACGGAAAAUCAACAUGAUCAAAUGACAAGUCUUAUGUUCCUCCAAAAACCUAGAAAAACACCCAAUUAUACACUUGUAGUCUAUGAAGGUACAUUGUUUCUUUUACGGGCGGAAAUAUCAUGCCAUCUUCUGAACAUCACAUUGUCAGCUGGAGUUGCCUUCGGUUCUUGUUCUACAUACUUCAUGGCGACUUCUAGUGCAGCAAGACCCAGCUUUGGAGUUGGUUUGGCACGGAAGCUUUCGCGCGUCUGGCCUCAUGUGAAAGCGUUGCGGUCAUACACAGUGGGUGCUCUGUGGUUGCAUUUACCCCACUAUUUCAGCUACUUUGGCAAUGACAGAAGCUGUCAGAAGAAAGAAUAUCCUCAUUUAUACAAUUCAGAAGGAAGUCGACGUCAGAAGAAGGUUAUGAUUGAUUGUUUUGUUGCGGGCGAAGGUAAACUGCAUAACGCAUUCAAUUGCAAUAGAGCUCACCUGGAAUCGCAACCUGCCUAUGGGCGGGCGAGCGUACGGAACGCCCUCGAAGGCGUAGACGGUUGUGAAGGGCGCGUAUGGCCGCUGCUCGCGUUUGCCCCGCAACAGGCCCUGCGCCACCCGCACCACGAGCUCAUCGCCGGACCCUUUGCUGGGGUCGGAGGGCGCGACAAAAGGCAGCAAAAUAGGAAGAUGACCAUGUUAGAAACCCCUGUUCAUGUGGCUCGAGUCAAAGCUUGA